UCGCUAUCAGAGUAGGAGCUUCAUCAGAUCAGCGGCGCACGGCGGAGAUCUGCUUAAACGACACCUAAAAUGGCGGACAAGGCAGUUACUAUCAGGACCAUGAAGUUCAUGACAAACCGUCUCCUUUCAAGGAAGCAAUUUAUCAUCGAUGUCUUGCAUCCGGGAAGGGCCAGUGUUUCUAAGGCUGAGUUGAAGGAGAAGUUGGCAAGGAUGUAUGAGGUUAAGGACACCAAUGCCAUCUUCAUGUUCAAGUUCAGGACCCAUUUUGGUGGUGGCAAAUCUACUGGAUUUGGGUUGAUCUAUGAUUCUGUUGAGAAUGCUAAGAAGUUCGAGCCUAAGUACAUGCUAAUCAGGAAUGGUCUUGACACAAAGAUUGAGAAAUCAAGGAAGCAGAUGAAGGAAAGAAAGAACAGGGCGAAGAAAAUCGGUGGUGUUAAGAAGACUAAAGCCGGGGAUGCUGCUAAGGCAGGCAAGAAGAAAUGA